AUGGACGAUGAGAGGACGGAGGCGUGGUGGGCCCGCCGCGCGUGGGCGCUGCUGUCGGCCGUCCGCGAGCGGUCACCGCUGGUGCAGCGCAUCACCAACCUCGUCUCCAUGGACAUCGCCGCCAACGCGCUCACCGCCGCCGGCGCCUCCCCGGCCAUGCUCCACUGCCUCCGCGAGAUCCCCGACUUCACCCCGCGCUGCGACGCAGUCUACAUCAACGUCGGCACACUCUCCGAGGACUGGCUCCCCUCCAUGCGCGCCGCCGCCUCCGCCGGCCGCCCCUGGGUGCUCGACCCCGUCGCGGCCGCCGCCUCCGGCUUCCGGAUGGAGUCCUGCCUCGAGCUCCUCGUGCUCCGCCCCGCCGUCGUCAGGGGCAACACGUCGGAGAUCCUCGCCCUCGCCGCCAGCUCAGACUCCUCCUCCUCCUUCAAGGGCGUGGACAGUUCACAUGACUCAGGGGAGGCCCUGCAAGCCGCGAAAGUGUUGGCACAGUCCAGUGGGGCAGUCAUUGCGGUAUCUGGAGCACUUGAUUUCAUCACGGAUGGUGAGCAGGUCAUCAGUGCUAGCAAUGGUGUGGCAAUGAUGCAGAAGAUCACGGCAACAGGGUGUGCUGUGAUUGCUCUUAUAGCGGCUUUUGUCGGGGCGGAUCCUUCCGAUGCUCUAGACGCAGCGGCAUGUGCGCUCGCCAUCUUUGGACUUGCUGGAGAGAUUGGGAUGGAGUCGGCUAAAGGGCCUGCCUCUCUCUGGAUGCACCUCAUGGAUGCUCUCUACGGGCUCGACGAGCAGACAGUCACAUCAGGGGUCAAAAUUGCCCUAGUGCUGUAA